AUGAAGACUGGAAACUCCACCCUUGUGACAGAAUUUGUCCUGCUAGGAAUUUCUAAUACAGAAGGGCUGGAGACCAUGCUGUUUGUUCUAUUCCUGACUUUCUACAUUUUCACCUUGCUGGGCAAUCUCAUCAUCUUCCUCACCAUUCUGGCUUCUUCCAACCUCCACACCCCUAUGUAUUUCUUCCUGGGAAACCUGUCCAUAUUUGACAUAUUUUUCCCUUCUGUGAAUUCCCCCAAGAUGAUGGUCUUCUUAGUGGGGCAAAGCCACACCAUCUCUUACCAGGGCUGUGUUUCUCAGGUCUUUUUCUACCACUUCCUGGGCUGCACUGAGUGUUUCCUUUAUACUGUGAUGGCCUAUGACCGCUUUGUGGCCAUCUGUCACCCUAUGCGAUACACGGUCAUCAUGAGCCACAGGGUGUGUACCGGUCUCACUGUGGGCACUUGGGUUGGAGGCUGUCUGCAUGCAUCUGUCCUCACAUUCUUAAUCUUCAGGUUGCCCUACUGUGGCCCCAAUGAGGUGGACAGUUUUUUCUGUGAUAUCCCUGUGGUGCUUCCCCUAGCCUGUGCAGACACCUCUCUAGCACACAUAGUUUGUUUCACCAAUGUGGGUGUUGUAGCUCUCAUAUGCUUUCUCCUUAUCCUUACUUCUUAUGCCCACAUUGUUGUCUCUAUAUUGAAAAUCCGCUCCUCAGAAGGCAGGCGCAGAGCCUUCUCCACCUGCAGCGCCCACCUGACCUCCAUCUUCUUUUACUAUGGGCCUGUGAUUCUCGUUUAUCUUAGGCUAGCUUCCAGCCCUUGGCUAGAAGCAGUAGUUCUGGUGUUAAACAAUGUUGUCACUCCUUGCCUGAAUCCUUUGAUUUAUUCCUUGAGAAACAAAGAUGUGAAACUGGCUCUGAGGAAGCUAUUAGUUCAAAUGGCCCACUCUCCUGGGGGAUAA